AUGAUGAACCGGAGAAUUGAUAGCCCGGAGGAGGAGCAGAUGAUCGGAGGGGUGCGUAAGCGGCGGCAAGGGCAGGCGAGCUACUCUGAACGCACCGGCAAAAAGCUGGAGAAGCAGAAGCACCUCUACCUGCUGAUCGAUGACUGGAGCAAAGGCUUCACCCUUCAUAAGAUUGACAAGGACACUAACUACUCUGACCUCCGGGAGCCUGGCGUUCUCCGGUUAAUCGCACCCGUGCCUCGUCGUUGCAUGACCUUCGCUGCCAUGGGCGGCAACAUCUUCAUCACCACUAACCCACCAGGGCCCGGGUGCAGAUGUUUUAAAAAUUCACGUCUUACGGAGACGGCCGGGCUGGCCGUCGGCCCUCCCCUCCCGGAACCACUGCUGUGUCACCAUAGGUGUGUUGCCACCACCGAUGCGCUGUAUGCAUUCCCAUGUUUCGUCCAAAACACGCAGCAGGACUUCUUCCAGGCCAUGUCGUUGGCACCAACGGAGAACGACGAUCCGUGGGCUCCAAGGCCGACCAUGGACUGGCGCUGGCAGAGCGUGCCCUCGCCGUGGCCGUUCACCAAGGAAGUCAUCGACUCGUACGCCUUGCACCCAGAUGGACGCACCAUCUUCCUAACGGCGCACAGCAAGUACGACGGCCCAAGCCCGUGCCCGUCGGCCAUGUCCACCUUCUCCUUCGACACCAAGGGCCAGCGGUGGAGGUCACAUGGGGAUUGGCCCUUGCCCUUCAGGGGCCAAGGCUACUUCGACAGCCAGCUCGAUGCAUGGGUUGGCCUCCAGAAGGAUGGCACCAUCUGCUCCUGCCAAGUUGCCUCCCGCACCAGCACAACCCAGUCGCAGCCGGACUGGAAGACGGUCAAGGAAAGGUUUUUCUCCAAGCCCCCUGACAGCAAGCGCCGACUGGCGGCGCCAAUGGACGCCACUCUCACACAUUUGGGCAACGCCCAGUUUUGCCUUGUGGAGUGUGCUACGCGAGGGAGUCGAGUACAAGGAUGCUUUUGGCGACCGUGA